AUGACUGUAGAAUUCAGUAGUUCAUGUCAUGCGUUCGUACGGUAUUGUGUUGCGUUUUAUGUGUAAUAUGUAAGUGAUUUGAUGGUGGAGACAGGAAAUCACGGAAAGACACAUAUUGAGUGUGUGAGCUUGUGUUUCCGCAUUGCGAGCAGGAGGUGACUAGUGUUUAGACAAACAUAUUAGCGCACAUUAUGUACCUGUGCUGUUCGGCAAUUACGAAGAAUACCAGAUCGACGCGUGGUGGCUUAGGAGGGCAAUCAUGGACUGCAAGGGAACUAGUUUGGUGAAAAAAGAGAAGAAUGAAAUAUAUGCUGAACCAGAAUCCUUGUUUCUUGAAGGUCCGCUAAAGAUUGUAACACCUAGUCUUCGUAUAAAGCAAGACCUAGAACUGAAACAGGAGGAUGGCAUUGAACAUGAUUGUCUUGAAGAUAACUUGGUAAUCUCUCAUCCAAAUGAUUUUAUCAAGGAGGAUCCUGAACUAAAUUUGGAGGUGGCAGCCUCAAUAAGAAAUGCAUCUGAUAGUUUAAGUUUCAUUCAAAGUGCUGGUGACAGCUGUGACAUUUCAUAUCAAGAAACAUUGCAUCAAGGAGUAGUCAAUGACAAGCUGGAGAAAGAUGCAGAGAAGUCCACAGAUUUCAGUGUGUCUCACAACUGUACCAAAGUACAGACUUCACAAGAAGACGGCUUAUGUGGCACAAGAUUAAGUUGUAGCAUCAGGGAAAAGGAAUUACAUAAGUUUAACUGUAGUUUCUGCCUGCAGAGCUUCCCUUCAAAAUACAGACUCAUAAUGCAUAUCUUCAUCCACAUUGAUGGUGUGCAGGCACCUGCAUUUGUGUGUAAGUCAUGUGGUGAGGUAUUGCCGACUGAUGACUGCUUGAAAGAACAUUUGAGAGUGAGGGAGGUCGACCAAACAUUAUCUGCUACCAACAGUGAGAAACUUGAAUGCAGUGAUGAUCAUGAAAACAAUAUCUCCUUCGAGUGUGUACAAGAAGGAAUCGUGGAACAGACUGAGGAGCCCCCUUCAUACAAGGUACCCAGGAAAACUUUUAAAAAAUCCGUUAAUGACAUAUGUAAUACACAUACUGUGAAAGAAGCUGAAGAGAAACUUGAAAGAUGUAAUGACUGUGGAAUUUUAUGUGCAAGUGACCAUGUUCAUGUCCACACAGUGCUAAGUGCAAAGGGACAUCACAAAUGUGAUGAUUGUGGUAAAAUGUUUACUCAGUUAUGCAAUCUUAAGAAACACACUGGAGAGAGAUCCCACGAAUGUGUUGUUCGUAGAAAAUCGUUUACUGAAAGGGGCAGUCUCAAGAGACAUGAAUUAAUACACACUGGACAGAAACCACACAAAUGCGAUGUCUGUGGAAAAUCAUUUACUCAGUCGAGCCAGCUCAAGACCAACAUGUUAAUACACACAGGACAGAGAUCACACAAAUGCGGUGUGUGUGCAAAAUCGUUUACGCGGUCGGCCUCUCUCAAGACACAUGUAUUAAUACACACAGGAGAGAGACCUUAUAAAUGCGAUACUUGUGGUAAAUUAUUUAAUGCAUUGAGUAAUCUCAAGGCCCACAAGUUAAUACACAGUGGAAAGAGACCAUACAAAUGUAGUAUUUGUGGAAAAUCUUUUACUCAUUGGAGCAGUUGCAGGAGACAUGAAUUCAUACACACUGGACAGAGACCACACAAAUGCGAUGUCUGUGGAAAAUCAUUUACUCAGUCGGGCCAUCUCAAGAACCAUAGUUUAAUACACACAGGAAAGAGACCACACAAAUGCGAUGUGUGUGCAAAAUCGUUUUCUGAAAGAGGCAGUCUCAAGAAACAUGAAUUAAUACACACUGGACAGAGUCCUCACAAAUGCGAUGUCUGUGGAAAAUCAUUUACUCAGUCGAGCCAUCUCAAGACCCACAUGUUAAUACACACAGGAAAGAGAUCACACAAAUGCGGUGUGUGUGCAAAAUCGUUUACGCGGUCGGCCUCUCUCAAGACACAUGUAUUAAUACACACAUGAGUUGACCUCACAAAUGUGAUACUUGUAAUAAAUAAUUUAAUGUAUUGAGUAAUCUCAAGGCCCACAAGUUAAUAAACAGUGGAAAGAGACCCUACAAAUGUAGUAUUUGUGGAAAAUCUUUUACUCAUUGGGCAGUCACAGGAAACACAAAUUAAUACACACAACAUAGAGACCACUCAAAGUAUUGUUGAGGUCUGUAGACCUACACAUGUUGAUGGAAGACCACACGUGUUUUAUGAAAAUUGUUCGCAUGUGCUACAGAGAGGUCACAAAAAUUAUGACAAAUCCAUUUCCGCAGCUUCACAUUCGAAGAAGUUACAUACAAAAUACAACAUAUGAAGCACACAAUUGUGAUUUUUUGUUGCAAAUGCUCCAUGCUUUAAUUGUUCGGGCUACCCAAAAUUUGUGCAUUGAGAGGUACCUUUUACUCGUUUGAGAAGUAGUUUUGUGCAGUUAUCAGGACCCUAUAUUCAAGAAAAUGUACCAGUAUGCUGCUAAUUAUUUGAAAGAAACUGCCGUUUCAAUCUUCAUGAGGCUGUAUCCACUACCCAGGCGACAGCAGAAAUGUGUUUAUUACACAUUCAUAAUGUAGGAUAUUUAUCUCAAGAAUGGAGAAAGAUACAAAAAUCGCUUGAUUAUGUGAACAUAUUAUUGAGGUAUGCCUCCUUAAUAGUAUUGCUAUUUGUGUGAUCAAUAAUCUGCACACGUGUGAACUUUCUGUGCUAGUUCUCUAUUAGGAAGUAACUGAUGGUGGCAUGUAUGCAGAGAUAAGGGAAAAAUUAUAAUCAUCUGCCUAGUAGCGUUUUGAUUCACCUACAGACUGCAAUACAACAGUGCAUCUCUAUGGUAUGGACUCAUUAGUUCUUAGUUUUUCAGUUGUAAAUUGGACUAUAAGUCUACACACAUCUCACACCUUUCCCAUUAACUGUAGGCUAUCGGUUUAUUGCUGUCUAGUUGGUGUGCAAGAGCAUCCCAGAUUCAUUUCAUCAUGAUCUAAUGAGGUGAGCUGGGUGGGAAAGACAACAGUGUGAACCAUCAUGCUGCUCGAACCAUUGCAGUGUGAUUCUUACCUUGUAAUUUGGUCAGUUAUCCUGCUGUAAGAUGUUGUCACUCUCUGUAAAUACAUCAAGCAUUGAGUGAUAAGUUUGCAGUAAUGUUCAUGUUCUCCACAUCUGUCAUGGUGCUUUCAGUUAUGACCAGCUGUUUUCUUGCCAUCUCAUAUGAAUAUCCCCCAUAGCAUGACACUGCCUCCAUCUUCCUGCACCAGUUGUGUGGUGCAUGUAUGAAACAACUAUUCAUCUGGAUAAUGACAUAUCUGAGCACAACCAUUCACUUGGUCUGAAAGAAAUGUCAUUUAUCCCAACAUGUGACACUUCCUUAUAGGUAUGCAGUCCAAUCUCGAUUAUCCUAUUUGUAUUGCUAUUGUAACUGACAAGAUCGUUAGAUCAACAUGGGAAUACAAAGCUGUUACAUAACUUGGGGCCUCAUGUUCAACAGUGUCUGCUUAAUAGCUUGAAACUCUCGAGCCUGCUCAAGCAUUUUCUUCUGUCUCCACAGAUUGCCAUCUAUCCCAUUUUACAGAGCAGCUAGGUUCUGAUUUGCUUGUUCUACAUAAUGGAUGGGCAUUCUACAACCUUUGUCAACUUGUGGUUUCACCAUCUUUCAACAAUGUUCCAUAGAGGCUCAUGGUAGAAGCAUCUGCACAGCCAACCACAUUCACUGCUUCUGAGAUGCACUUACCCAGGCACCAUGCAAAACCAUCUGCUCUUUGGCAAAGUUAUUCACGCCAAUUUUUUACCAUACUGUCACUAGAAUGAUAACCACUCAUUUCUGGUUGUAUAGUUUCAUUACUACGUGACAUAGCCACAAUGACGCUGGGUAGCAAACACUCCUCCUACAGAAGUGGAUUUAGUGACCUGGAUUAACAGUGUAUCUUCACAAAAAAGGCCUUUUGGUAAAUUGUGUAGUAAUUCAAUUUUUCUGCUUUGUUAAAUUUUAUGUAAAUACACUAUUGUCAGUUCAAGUGCCGUAUUUAUUGUGAAAAAUUUUUGUAUUACAAAGCUCUGUACAUUAAUUUUAUGCAUCAAAUCUUUUAAUUAUUUGUCUGUUUUUAAAUACCAUGUAACUACUGUACAAACAUCAGUGGGAAAACUGUCAUCAUGUAGUGUCAGAUUAUAAUUCCGAUUGUUUGUAGAAACACAAGGACAGUUGAAAGAGCUCAGUGUGAUUUCUAGGUUAUGAAUUUAAUCCAAAUGCAUAAUUUUUAUUGUAAUAAGUUUAUUUAUCACAUGUACUUUCUUUCUAAUUGCUUUGUUUUAAUUUGAUUUUUUAGUUGUUU